GGUUCCUAAUUUUCAACGGCAGAGUUGGCUUGUGAUAUGUCACUUCUUCUCCAAGAUUUAAUGCUCAAAAUCACACCAGACACUUCUUACCCUUUUACACUCUCUGAUUGUUUUCACAGUUUUUGUUUCUACUUUUUUUUUUUUAAGUUUGACUCUCUCUUUCUUAUCUGGUAUCAACCAAGUCUCUCUCUCCCAGUAUCUCUGGUAAUGUCACUAAAAUAUUUUCCUGUGAUGGAUUUUUUUUUGUGUCCUUUCUUGGUCCAUUUUACUUGAAACCAAAUUCCAUUUUUUAUCAUUUUUUAUUACGUGCAUUAAUAUUAGUUUAGUUCCAGUCAAAAGAAAAUAAAAGAAAACCUUACAAUACUUGGAAGAAAAAAAAUGGUGCUUGGAGUUUUGUUGUAAUGAGUGUAUGGGGAGAUUGAUUGGGAUGAUUUGAAGUUUGUAGUUUCUUUGUUCAAUUUAAAGAAUACCCAGUUAGAUUUAGCCGUUUUUAUGUAGCCCCAUUGUGACAAGGAAGGAACUUUAUACCUGGAUCAUGGGCUUUUGUUACUUUUGAAGAAUUCAAGAUAUUGGAUUGUGGAUAUCUGAUUCACACAUUCAUGUUCAGAAAACGCUAUAUUUCUCUCUCCUCCAUUGCUUGCUUGAAGAUGAGGCAUUGUCUCUCUUUGUCUGUUAGCUGAAUGAUCAAUGUAAGCAAAAUCAGUAAUGUUAAUACAUAGAUGAGAUAAUGGAGGUCGAAAGGAAACGAACAAAGGGAGGGUUUUUUCAGUUAUUUGAUUGGAAUGGCAAAUCUCGGAAGAAAUUGUUCUCAAACAAUUCUGAAUUAUCAGAAGAAUCAAGGAGAGGAACACCUGUGGAAAAUCUAGUGAAGUCACUGCCUCAUACGUACCAGACGGAGGGGACUGAGUACAAUGCCACUUCAAGUAGCAGACGCAGUGAUGAUUUUUCUUCUGCUUCCUCAGUGACUAGUGAUGAAGGAUAUGGAUCUAGAGCACCCGGAGUUGUUGCUAGGCUUAUGGGUCUGGACUCAUUGCCAACACUGAAUGUCCCUGAGCCCUCUUCUGCCCCAUAUUCAGGGUCUUGCUCUCUUAGAGCAUCUCAUUAUGAAAGAAGUACUCCUAAUUUGUGGAAUGAAUAUCAACCCACAGACUACACCAACAUCUCUAACAAGCUCAACAGGUUGUCUUCAAAUCCCAUUGAACCAAGGUUUCAUAAGGUGCAGAAUCGACCAAUCGAGAGAUUUCAGACUGAAAUAUUGCCUCCAAAAUCAGCAAAGCCAAUUCCAAUUACUCACCAUAAGCUUUUGUCUCCUAUCAGGAGUCCAGGGUUCAUCCCAACAAAAAAUGCAGCUUAUAUAAUAGAGGCAGCUGCAAAGAUUAUUGAGGCUAGUCCUCAGACAACUUCCAAAGGUAAAGUGCCGUCAUUGGGGUCCUCUUCUGUUCCUUUGAGAAUCCGGGAUUUGAAAGGGAAAAUUGAAGCUGCACAUAAAGCAUCCAGGCCUCAAAGACCUGAUGAGCCUAGUGUGAGUGCGACAAAGCCUUUGAAAGGACAGCAUAAGGACAAGAGUCACAAUAAAUCAGAUUAUACACCAACACUCAGGAUUCCGAAGGAUUCAGAAAAAGUUAGUUCUAACAGUUUGAGGAAUAAGGGGAAAUCAGUCUCACUCGCAGAACAAGCAAGGGUUAAUGUUCAGAGGAGAGAUGGCUCACUGUCAAGUAGUAAUGGGAGUUCUGCAAGCAAGAAGGAAAGGAAUGAUGCUAAACGAAAACAGUUUUCUAGGAGCCAGGCAGAUAUGCAAAGGACUGUGGAGAAAGGAACUUCUGCAAACCGGACUAACAAUGUGCUGAGGCCGAAUAAUCAGAAGCAGAACUGCAUAUCCACCAGAGAUUAUUCAACAUCAAAGACUUCAACCAUGGACCAGCAAAGUAGAAGGGCUAGGUCCAUGAAUGGUACAAUUGGGCUGAAUAGGACUAUAAAUAAGGUGACCAUAAACUCUGAACCUCAGUCCAGGAAGAUAGGCUCAGUGGCAAAUGAUGCUGCAAAGGAGCUUCCAAUGUCUAGAAGAAAGAAUUUGCCUAAAAAGAAAUGGCCUGUAAAUGAAGAUCUUGCGUCUGGAGAAACUUCUUCUGACACUUCAUCAAUAAAUUACAAUGAAAAGUCCAUAAAAUGUAAUAUUGCAACUGAUGGGCACUUGAAUCGGGAUGCAGAAAAAAUGAAAACGAGCAUGGAUGUUGUUUCAUUUACAUUUACAUCCCCAAUUAGUCGAGUUGCGGAAAAGAGCAGCAGCUUUGAUAGUGAUCCUUCUGGUGACAAUUACCUGCUAUAUUUGAAGAGCUCAGCAUUUUCUUCUCCUGGAUUUAAUAUAAUUGGUGGAGAUUCUCUGAGUGUUCUUUUGGAAAAAAAGCUUCAGGAAUUGACUUGUGGAGUUGACUCAUCCAACUGCAAUAUCAUUGUAGAUGGGACUUCUGCUAGUCCGACAUCCAGUUUGCAAAAUUCAGUGUCCUCAUCUGGUACGGUGCCCACAACAUUGGGGGGACAUCACAAAGGGCUUCAGGUGGAUCUAGAUAAAGAUAUUUCAUAUAGCUCAGGUGACUUUGAUCACUCUUCAAUUGACAAUCUGGGGCUUGAUUGGAGAAAGAGGUGGCAGCUUUCAGAAGAAACUGAAGAGCAAAAUGCUUGCAGCAGCAGCAGCAGUGAGAUUGGCAUAGGAUUAGAUCAUAGACAUCCUAUCCCACCUUCAAUUUUUGAACCUGCUGUCACGAGUAGGAACAGCUCAGAUAGCAGAAACGGUACCGAAGGCAUGAAGCAAUUCAUGUUGGCUCAAGAUCAAGGAGCGUCAAGUUGGACCCCUGGAAGUGAGUCUCUGACAGAAUUUGGUACAGAGUUAUCUGACUCGGCAUUUUCUACAUCUGUGGGAGAAAUGGGCAAAAAGCCUCUAACUAGUACAUCAAGUUCGAGAGAUUUAAAAGAGUCAACAAAUUGGGAACUCGAUUAUGUGAAAAUGGUGCUAAAAGAUUCUGAGCUAAUGUUCACAGAAUAUGCAUUGGGUCAGACUGAAAAGGUAAUGACCCUGAAUGCUUUCAACCAGCUCGAGCAUCGUAUCGAAACAGAGAGAAACGGAGAAGAUCACGACAAGCUUCACCAAAAGCUUUUGCUCGAUUGUGUGAGUGAAUGCCUGGCGUCGAGGUGUAAGCAACUCUUUGUCGGAACCUGCAAAGGAUGGGUUAAGUGGGGAAAAUUGAUCCGGAAAAGGGGGUGGUUGGCCCAAGAGUUGUACAAAGAGAUUUGGGGUUGGAAAAGCAUGGGGGAGACAAUGGUGGAUGACCUUGUAGACAAGGACAUGAGCACUCAGCAUGGGAGAUGGCUUGGAUUUGACUUGGAAGCGUUUGAAGAAGGUGUAGAGAUUGAGGAAAGUAUAUACUCUUCUUUAGUUGAUGAUUUAGUCUCUGAUUUCUUGCUUUAAGUCUCUUUUAAAUUAUUCCACCUGAUGGAUCUUGUAUGCUAUAUAAUUCUAAAUUGUUUAACUCUGCAUCCAUGACCAAAGAGCAAUCUGUUAAAGCAGAUUUUGA